AUGACGGACAGCUCCGAGCCGGCUAUUAUGCAGAGCUUCUAUCGGAUUCCUCGCUUCUCUGGACUAAUACUGGGUAUUUGGCCAGAAGACAAGCGUAGUUGGGAUAAGAAUCUGCUCUACGCAUUUGGUUUCCUGGUCAUCUUGAUUGGUGCAUGUGGCGAGAAUCUUUACGGCUUUGCUAAUCUUGACAACCUAGUUAGCGCUCUGGAGGCCUUCUGUCCCGGCAGCACAAAGGCCGUGUGUGUACUCAAGCUGAGCAUAUUCUUUAUGUACCAUCGCCAGUGGUUCGGAUUCGUGGAGCGCUUGCGUGGCCUACUGUGCGCCACCAGAAGCGACGAGGCACAACGAAUGCUGGUUGGCCUAUCCACAAUCGCGAAUCGCCUCAGUCUACUCUUGGUUAGCUCGGGCUCCAUAACCAACACCGCCUUCAAUGUCCAGCCGUUGAUCAUGGGCCUGCUCCGCUGGCUUCGGGAGUUGCCAGGUCAGGUGGAGCUGCCCUUCAACAUAAUACUACCCGACUGGGCCACACAGUCUCCGUUCUUUCCACUCAGCUAUUUGCUGCUGACGGCUUCUGGUGCCUGCACGGUCUUCGCCUUCAGCUUUAUUGACGGCUUCUUCGUGUGCAGCUGCAUGUACAUAAGCGGCGUGUUUUGGAUAAUACAGCAGGAUAUACGCUCCAUUUUCGUUGAUCUGGAUGAAGCGGAGUUUUUUACGCCUGCAACAAAUGCUGCAAUCCGGACCCGGCUGGUCAGUAUUAUCGAUCGCCAUAAUACGAUUAUCGAUCUCAGCACGGAUCUGACGCGCCAGUUCACCGUCAUUGUGUUGAUGCAUUUCCUGUCCGCAGCCUUCGUUCUCUGCUCGACCAUUUUGGACAUUAUGCUGAACACCUCCUCGUUCAGCGGCUUAACCUACAUCUGCUACACCAUUGCCGCCCUGACGCAGCUCUUCCUCUAUUGCUACGGCGGCAAUCAUGUCAGCGAAAGUAGCCUGGCUGUGGCCGACACGCUCUACGAUGUUGCGUGGUACAAAUGCGAUGCGAGGACCAGGAAAAUGAUUUUAAUGAUAUUGCGACGCUCGCAGCGGGCAAAAACAAUUGCGGUGCCGUUUUUUACGCCUUCGCUGCCGGCCUUCAGUUCGAUACUUAGCACAACCGGCUCAUAUAUCACGCUGCUGAAUACGUUCCUCUAA